AUGGAGUCGCUAGUAGAUUUGAGUAGCGAGUGUUCAGAAAACGGUGGUGUCCUGAGGGCAUGGCUUGGCCCAUUACUAUAUUUAAUUACAACGGAUCCUGAAAAAAUAGAUGUAAUACUUAAACAUCACCUGGACAAGGACGACGUUAUCAAGGUUCUUCAUCUUGGUGUUGGCUAUGGAUCUUUAUUUGCUCCAGGUCCGAUAUGGAAGCCUCGUCGGAAAGUAAUGAUAUCUGUUUUACAUCCAAAAGUUUUGACAAAUUUCUUCGACAUUUUUGUACAACGAGGUAAAAAAUUAGCCGAGAACCUGGCUGUGAUUGCAGUGGAUAAAGAACCUAAGAGUAUUUGGCCUAUUGCUUCCAUGUUAGCGCCAGAGUUUGCAUAUGAUACGCAGGUGAAAUUCAAAAUGGCGUCAGGGAAAAUGAGGACGUACAAAAGAAAAUCUGAAAGGGGUGAUGUACCAAAAGAUAUCAUAGAAAGAGCUUGCCACUCAGUAAUCUUCGAUAAUAAUAGCAUCAAAGCCACAUCAAAGAAAUACCAAAUUCCAUACAAAACGUUGCAUCGUUAUGUGACUAAACUUAAACAAAAGCUAGAACGUUAUCCGAACCUCGGGAAAGCUGAUUUGACCCUGGACACGGCGGGGUACUUAAAAAAUAGGCAGGUAUUUAGCGAUGACGAAGAAAAUAAACUGGUAGCUUAUUUAAAGACGGCUGCUGACAUUUAUUAUGGAUUAACAGCGUAUGAGACACGCAAGUUUGCAUUUGAAUACGCAAAAAAGAAUAAUAAAACUGUACCUGAAUCUUGGAAUACAAAAUUAAUGGCUGGCGAAGAUUGGCUUGAAACAACAAUAGGAAAGAGCUCUAUUGACAUCGAUAGACAUAAAGAAACGUUUCUAGACGCAAUAACACAAGUGAAAGAUUAUCUUACGACUAGAAUCUUUCAUUUUUGGCUCCAACCGGACUACACGUUCCGUUUACAUCCAAAUUUUGCAAAAAUUGAGGCACUUAAGAAAACUGGCUACGCAUUUCUUGAUGAGGUCGUACGAAAUAAGAGAAAUGAAUUUAACGAACAGCAUGUGACAGAUAAAAGCGUGGGUCAAAUCAACAAAAAAUCGACACUCUUCGAUCUAUUCCUAUCCUUUUCUAAACGGGACAAUAAUGGGUACAAUGAUUUAGAAAUGCGAGAAGAAUUAUUGUCUCUAUUUCUAGCCGCUACGGAAACUUGCGCAAACGCAGUCUGCAUCGUCUUAAAAUUACUAGCAAAGUAUCCUCUUGUGCAGGAAAAAGUAUAUGAAGAGAUGUGUGCAGCGUUUCAAGAUCAAGACAUGCUACCAAAUAAUAAAGAAGAUCUUGCAAAAUUAGAAUAUUUAGAGCGUGUGAUAAACGAAACCCUUCGACUUUACCCAGCAGCGCCCUUCAUAAUCAGAAAAACAAAUAAGGAUAUUGAAUUCACGGAUGGUAUUACAAUACCAGAAAACAUAAGUGUGCUGAUAUCGAUUUGGGGUCUGCAUAGAAACAAGAAGUACUGGGGCUCGGACGCGGACUGCUUCGACCCCGACCGCUUCCUGCCCGAGCGCUACACUCAGGUGCCCCCUGGCUGCUUCAUACCGUUCAUUGCUGGUCCUAGGAAUUGUCCUGGUUAUUCAUACGCCAUGAUGUCAAUGAAGAUAACGUUAUGUGUGUUAUUCAAAAACUUCAGAGUCCUACCAGAGCCCGAGGACGGUUCAAUUCCACACAUAAGAGUCAAGUUUGAUAUAACAAUGUCGGUACUUGACGAUAAAGUGGCACUAGAGAAAAGAUAA